AUGGCAGGAAAGACAAUAUUAGAGAAUCCUAGUCAUGGUGUCGACCCCAAGAAACUAGACCCCGAACCACCCACGUCAACGGGAGGAGCCGGUCAUGAGUCAGCCAGCGAUCAAUCAAUAAGGACGGGCGAAAUUGAUCAACAGACCACCGACACAGAUAAUCAAUUGAAAAAGUUAAAAUUAGCUUCUUCAAAUAACCUUAGUCGAUCUAAAAGAACUGUACGUUGGAACAAGGAAUUGGUAACGGAAUCUCCAAGGGUGAUUGCUGCUCGUCUUGCCGCCAGCAACAACGCCGCCGGAUAUGUACCCGAACCCUCUUCUUCUCCGGCACCACCCGCCUCAUACACAGAAUCCUUCAUCAGUAGAAUUAGUUCAGUUCGAAUUGCUCUUUUGAGAUGGGGAAACAAUGUGAAAGAAGCAACAAAGAAAGCUGAAGAUCUGGCUGGGAAUACAUGGCAACACUUGAAGACGAGCCCUAGUGUAACGGAUGCUGCACUUGGGAGAAUUGCUCAAGGGGCUAAAGUUCUUGCAGAAGGUGGAUAUGAUAAAAUAUUCAGACAAACAUUUGAAACAAGUCCUGAUGAAGAUCUUCAAAAUUCUUUUGUCUGUUAUUUAUCAACUUCAGCUGGUCCUGUUAUGGGUGUUCUUUAUUUGUCUACAUCAAAGCUUGCAUAUUGUAGUGACACACCAAUGCCAUUUAAAUCAUCAACUGAUCUCGACAAUACUAAUACUAAUACACAAUGGAGCUAUUACAAGGUUAUUAUCCCGCUAGAGCAGCUUAAAUCUGUUCAUCCUUCAUCGAAUGGAAGCAACCGGGCUGAAAAGUACAUUCAAGUUUUGUCUACUGAUAAUCAUGAAUUUUGGUACAUGGGUUUUGUUAACUAUGAAGCUGCUGUCCACAAUCUCGAAUCUGCUCUUUGUGCCCGUGACAUGUCUGUUUAA